CUUAACAAUAACGCGGACUUUCUAAAAAUUAAUAAUCAUUUCCCAGACAAGUUAUAACUUAAUAAAAUAUAUAAUGAGUGGUGGCAGACAUUUAGCUAAAGGCUCACCCAAACCUGCAUUAUCCGACGAUGGCGUUCUUCGCUUGUUUUCCAUGCGAUUUUGUCCAUAUGCUCAUCGUGCUCACUUAGUGCUGAACGCCAAAAACAUACCAUAUCACACUAUAUUUAUCAAUCUUACUGAGAAACCAGAAUGGCUUACGGAAUUCAGUCCACUGGGAAAAGUACCGGCAUUACAGUUACCCAAAGAGGAAGGCAAUCCAUCCUUAAUCGAGUCACUAAUAAUUGCUGAAUAUCUUGAUGAGAAGUAUCCCGAAGUACCACUUUUCCCCAAAGACCCACUCAAGAAAGCACAAGAUAAGAUACUUAUCGAGAGAUUCAACGCGGUGACUAGUGCAACGUUCAAAGUGUUUCACGCUGAUAUCGAAGGAGCAUCCGAUUCGCUAACUGAAAUCUCUAAAGGUUUAGAUAUUUUCGAGAAGGAGUUAAGCUCACGUGGUACACCUUAUUUUGGUGGCGACAAACCCGGUAUGUUGGACUAUAUGAUUUGGCCAUGGUUCGAGCGUACGGCAAUGUUGAAAUACUUGCUGCCGGAGAAAUAUGAAUUGGACAAAGAACGCUUCAGCAAAUUGGUUGCAUGGCGUGAUUUGAUGGUAAACGAUUCAGCAGUGAAAGGUCAUUAUUUGGAUGGUGAAAUUUAUGCCAAAUUUGUGAAAGCGCGCCGGGAAAAUGUUCACGAUUUUGAUAUGCUUGUGUAGGCUUCAUCAAGUCAAAGAUAUUAUCAAUAAAUUUAUUUUUUGUAAGCUAGUAA